AUGUCGAGCACCGAGCCGUCGCAGUGGGCUGAAAAAGCAAGCAUAUAUCUCGAAACCCUCGAUCUCCCACGAUACACUCGACCCCGCCUGACACGAUACCUCAUCAGCAUCCUGGCUUUUUUGUCUCUCAUUGUCUUCUAUACCUCUCAUCAACCCUCACUCCUGAUCUCCGAGCCAGAAUUCCCAUCCAUCUCCAUAUACGCAGCAAACAACACCAACCACCUCCCCCAUAUCCCUCCAAAGAUCUGGCAAAUAUACCUCGACUACACACCCUACGCCAUCAUGCCCUACACCUCCUACAUCCAAAGCUUCAUCACCCACUCUCCCUCACACACCUACACCCUCCUCGACGCCCACGGUGCCCUCUCCAUAAUCUCUAAGCUCUCGACCUCCAAAACACACGCACACAUCCUGCCCCUCUUCUACGCCAUGUCCCGGCGUGUGCUGCGCGCGGACUUCCUCCGGUAUCUCUUACUAGCGAUCGAGGGUGGGGUAUAUUCGGACAUGGAUACCGAGAUGCUUCGUCCUUUGCACGAUUGGGUACCUGACGAGUAUAAGAGUCGCACAAAACUCAUUGUGGGGUUGGAAGCUGACCAGAGUCCUCCAGUAGGAGGAACGACGUAUGAAGUGCAGUUCUGCCAAUGGACGCUUGCUGGUGCGGCAGGCCAUCCGGCGUUGUGGGGGAUGGUUGAGCGGAUUUUGAACGAGGUGCAGAAGAGGCCGUUCGAGAGCCCGAUGAAAGAUGUUGAGUUUAGUGAUGAGGAGGUACUUGAUAUUACAGGACCGGCAGGGUGGACGGAGGUCGUGUAUGAGUAUUUGAGUAAAGCCGCAGGAGAAGAGAUUGGGUGGAGGAACUUGACAGGAAUGAGGAGUCCGAGGUUGUUUGGGGAUAUAUUGGUCUUGCCUAUAGAUGCGUUUGCGAGUGGGGUCCCACAUUCCGGGGCGAGUGGCCCUGGGAUGGGAGAGGCGUUUGUGAAGCACCAGUUUCAGGGGUCGUGGCGGGGUGGUGAUCAUUGA